AUGGAGGAAAAGACGCUUCAUCGGCCGGCGACGCUUCUCCCGAUCAACGGCUCGGCGGAGGAGGAUUGUUGUUAUGGACCACCAAAAACGGAGGAGGAUACGAAGUGCACGAUUGAGGAGGUCAAGCCUGGAAAGUUCGUCAGAAAGUGCCUCAAAGCGAAGAAGGUAGUCGUUGUUCGCGGCUGGCCCUGGUCUGGGAAGCCCUCUGAGGUCUCUACGACAGAGGAGACGGAAGAGGAUGUCACGAACCAUGUCACGGACCAGAUGGUGGGGCAAUCGUUCAACGAGAGUAAGACAGAAGAAUCCGAGGUUAAGGCUUGUCGUAUCAUGUAG